AUGGCUGCCGGAAGGUUGCUGCUCUACACGGGCCUCUCGCUAGCGCUCUGCGCCCUCGGUAUGCUGGCCGUGGCCAUCUGCUCCGACCACUGGUACGAGACGGACGCCAGGAAGCACAGGGACAGGUGCAAGGCCUUCAACACUCGCCGGGUUGACCCCGGUUUCAUUUACAACAACAACAACAACUUGCCGCUCCGGGCGAGCCGCUCGCGGCUGGACCGCUGGGAGGGCAGACUCCUCCGGGCCCGGAAUCGCCGGCAGCUCUUCGCCAUGAGCCCCGCGGACGAGUGCAGCCGGCAGUACAACUCCACCAACAUGGGCCUCUGGAGGAAGUGCCACCGGCAGGGCUUCGACCCCGAUAUCGCCGCCCUUAUUCGGAAAGGUGAAAUUGAGAGAUGCACGUACAUCAAAUACCACUAUUCCUCAGCAACCAUCCCCAGGAACCUCACGUACAACAUCACGAAGACCAUCCGGCAGGACGAGUGGCACGCUCUGCACCUGCGCAGAAUGACGGCUGGCUUCAUGGGCAUGGCGGUGGCCAUCAUCCUCUUCGGCUGGAUCAUCGGUGUGCUGGGCUGCUGCUGGGACCGAGGCCUUAUGCAGUAUGUGGCAGGGCUUCUCUUCCUCAUGGGAGGAACCUUCUGCAUCAUUUCACUGUGCACCUGUGUGGCUGGGAUCAACUUUGAGCUGUCACGCUACCCACGCUACCUGUAUGGACUCCCUGAUGACAUCAGCCAUGGCUAUGGAUGGUCCAUGUUCUGUGCAUGGGGGGGCCUGGGCCUCACCCUCAUCUCGGGAUUCUUCUGUACCUUGGCCCCUUCUGUCCAACCUGUCCCGAGGACCAACUGCCCUAAAUCCAGACCCGAAAAUGGGACAGUGUGCUAA